AUGCACGACCUCAAGUGGAUCCUCAAUGACGAGGACAUGGUGCAUAUUGCGCCCAAGAAGACGGUGCGCUUUGCGGCGACGGCCAUCGAAGCGAGCUUCCGCGUCGGCUACAACGGCAGCGCCGUGCCCAGCGACAAGGUGCCCGGCGUUGGCCUCCAUGGCCCCGCCGUGUCGACCGCGCUCGUUGCUGUCUCGGACAAGCCGAGUCAGCUCAUGCGCUACAACGCCAGCGACCGCCUCUUCUUCCUCAAGCGCGCGGGCUUUGACGCGACGCAGGUCAUGCACCUCUGCAUUGAGCAGACGCAGCUGCAAAUGUCGCGCAAGCAGGCGAUCCUCGAAGAGUACAUGGCCCGCCACCAAAACAACAAGCGCAAGCAAGAGCUGGCGGUCGCGCCCACGAGCAACACUGCCAAGCGCAUCUGCGUCGCCCAUUGA